AUGUUACUACCGUUGGGUCUACUACUUCUUCUAUCACCUCUCGUAAAUGCAAAACAACAAUGUCGACUUCGAGCAAAUAAUCGUAAUCUUUUCAACGAUCCUUCAUUUCCAUCAACCACGACGUUCGGGAACGGUUCAUCUCCAACCAGCACGGGUGGCAAUGGGAAUGCUAGUGGUAGUUCUCCGAGCUCUGUACCGACGCGGCCACCGUUCAAUUAUGGCGUAGCACCUGUACGAGGGGUGAAUUUAGGAGGUUGGUUGGUUUUGGAGCCUUGGAUAACACCCAGUAUUUUCGACAAUACAGGGGACGACUCGAUUGUGGAUGAAUACACGCUUGGGCAGAAGAGAAAUGAUGAAGAAAUGCGCAAGAUAUUACAAAACCAUUGGGACACGUGGAUAACAGAAGACGAUUUUCGACAAAUCCAGGAAGCUGGUUUGAACCACGUUCGGAUACCGGUGGGAUACUGGUCUGUUCCGCUAACAUCCAGCGACACGACUGGUCCUACGGACGUAUCACCAUACAUUUCAGGAGCCUGGCCAUACCUUUUACGUGGACUGAACUGGGCUGCAGCCCACAACGUUCACGUUAUCGUCGAUUUACACGGCGCACCCGGUUCACAGAACGGAUAUGAUAACUCGGGUCAAAGAACUGACGAUCCACGAUGGGCAUAUAACUCCGCGAACGUCUCGAGGACGAUUGACACACUCAAAUUCAUUGCAAGAGAGAUUGGGGGAAUGAUAGAUGUAGUGGAGUUGUUGAACGAGUCUGCUGGGUUUCGAUCGUCACAGUGGUUGGACAUUACAAGGCAGUUUUGGCUAGACGGUUAUCAGGCCGUCAGAGAAGCUGGAGGGAAUAGUUUCAGUGUUAUGAUAGGAGAUGCGUUUCAGGGAGUGCAAAACUGGGGAAAUUUCAUGAAGCCUCCGAGUGCAGAAGGCGUUCUGAUGGAUUUCCAUCAGUACCAAAUCUUCAGCAACCAAGAGCUUGCUCGGUCCUUCGAUGAACAUGUUUCGUUCACCUGUGGUUUGAAGAGCGUCAAUAUCAACUACGCCACCAACAACCUCUGGACGGUCAUGGGUGAAUGGUCAAAUGCAGUGACCGACUGCGCCAAAUAUCUGAAUGGACGAGGUGUCGGUAUCCGUUGGGAAGGCACCAGGGUACAAGACGAUAUGCACAGGUUUGGUUCGUGCGACACAUUCACAGGAAGUUAUAAAGGUUUCUCGAAUGAUUAUAAGACCUUCCUUCGGAGAUAUUUUGAAGCACAAAUUGACGUCGGAGAGGCAGUUCAAGGAUGGGUAUACUGGACUUGGAAGGCAGAGAUUGCGGACGAGUGGAGCUACCAGAAGGGAUUAGAGGGUGGUUGGAUACCCAAGGAUCCUUCCGAUAGACUGUAUCCGAACAUCUGUCCAUAA